AUGCUUUCUGUCCUCCGGAUUUCCUUACUUGCAGCAUCUUGUGCUUUAUUUGGUUCGAAGCAUCUAAGCCACAAUUUAACGUGGAGGGGCCAUGAGCCGCCCCUCGAACCCGUGAAACAACCAGAGAUCUCAAACAACCUAGAUCCAAGCAACCCUCAGUGUCACGGCAAGAAAAAACAUCCAAGGAUAUUCGAGGAUGCUACCCAAAUGGCAGCGGGAUUCAUGGGUUCCAUAGUGCAAAGUGUCAUCACUUCAAAUUUUGCAACGGGUGUCAAGGAAAUCGCUGGUGUUUCCAGAAUAGGAAUAUCCAACGAAACUUCGAAUGGUUGCAUGUUGGCAAAGGAAACAUAUAUAUGCAAACUAAAGCAUGCCAAAUGGUUCAUCGGGGAAUUAUCUUACACGGACGGGUUCUAA